CGGCGCUGGUGGUUCGGGACGGGUGCAGAGGGAGGCAGACUGAUACGGCGCUGGGUCUGACAGCUCGUUUCGUGCACUAUUUAUUAUUUAUUGCAAAAAUAACGUGGACAUCACCGACAGAAUCCUUGGACUUUUAAUUUACUGAAGCUAAGACGCAGAUUCAGUCCGGCACCAUCGGCAGACAAUGACCCGUGAAGCCAAGUGACGUCAUUGUGGCCAGUCAGGUUUUUGAGGGAACAACCAUCUGCUUUCAUUUUUUCCUGUCGCAGAUUUCAAUGUCAUCACCCCUGGUGAGGCUUUCAGAACCGAAUCGCCACAUCAGCUCCUUUCCUGCCCUGUUCCUUUGAGUACAGCCGGGACCAAGCAGAGAGGUCAGGAUUCGGAGGCAGAGUGACUCCAGGGUGCCAUUAUGGGGGCCAGGCAGGAUGAGGAGGGCCAGGAGGGUCAGGAGCUGGUGCAAGUCAAACAGAACUUUCCCAGGAAGCCCCCUGUCUUGGAGGAGGACAGUCUGCAGGUCCCCUUCCUGGAGCUCCAUGGGGAAUUCACAGAGUAUGUGGGGAGGGCAGAGAAUGCUGUCAUCGCCCUGUCCAGCUACCGCCUUCACAUCAAGUUCAAGGAAUCUGUGGUGAACAGUCUUUGCUCGUGUGAGGUGUCUGUGCCCCUGCUGCUGAUCGAGGGCGUUGAGUGUCGCGACAUGCUGCAGCUCCACAUCACCUGCAAGGACUGCAAGGUCAUCAGGUGUCAGUUCUCCACAACGGAGCAGUGUCAGGAGUGGGUGAAGAGGCUGACGAGUGCAAUUCGGCCCCCGUCCCGCCUGGAGGAGCUCUUCUCCUUCUCUUUCCACUCCUGGUGUGAGGGUGUCCACAGCGGGGAGAAGGAGCAGCCAGGAGAGACGUGCAGGCCGGGAGACCAUGUGAUCUGGCGUUUCAGAAAUGAGGUGGAGCGUCUGGGCUUUGACACACAGCAUGCAUGGAGGAUAUCUGAGAUCAACAGCAAGUACAGGUUGUGUUCCAGCUACCCGGAGCUGCUGCUGGUGCCCUCCUGGAUCACCGAUGCCGAGCUGGAGAGUGUGGCAGCCUUCCGUUCCUGGAAGAGGAUUCCAGCUGUGGUGUACAGGCACCAGAGCACUGGCGCGGUCAUCGCUCGCUGCGGUCAGCCCGAGGUCAGCUGGUGGGGUUGGCGCAGCGCGGACGACGAGCACCUGGUCCAGUCCAUCGCUAAGGCCUGCUCCAUGGACCACGCCUCCCGCUCGCCGCUGAGUAACGGCACCUGCGGCGGAGAGAACGGCCACAGCACGCCGCUCUCCGACGGCGGCUUCGAUCCUUCUGGAAUGCCCAGCCCCGAGGGGGAGAAUUCAGACCUCCAGCCUCGAAAGCUGAUGAUUCUAGACGCCAGGUCCUACGCCGCUGCCGUGGCUAACCGUGCCAAGGGCGGAGGGUGCGAGUGCCCAGAGUACUAUCCUAACUGCGAGGUGGUGUUCAUGGGGAUGGCCAACAUACACUCCAUCCGCAAGAGUUUCCAGUCCCUGCGCUCUCUCUGCACGCAGAUGCCCGAUCCCGCCAACUGGUUGUCAGCUCUGGAGGGCACCAGGUGGCUUCAGCACCUGUCCCUGCUGCUGAAGGCUGCCCUGCUGGCGGUGAACGCAGUGGACCGUGACCACCGCCCUGUCCUGGUGCACUGCUCGGAUGGCUGGGACCGCACGCCCCAGAUUGUGGCGCUGUCCAAACUCCUUCUGGACCCCUUCUAUCGCACCAUUGAGGGGUUCCAGGUGUUGGUGGAGACGGAGUGGCUGGACUUCGGGCACAAGUUUGCAGACCGCUGCGGGCACGGGGAGAGCUCGGAGGACCUGAACGAGCGCUGCCCGGUCUUCCUGCAGUGGCUGGACUGCGUGCACCAGCUGCACCGCCAGUUCCCCUGCUCCUUCCAGUUCAACGAGGCCUUCCUGGUUAAGCUUGUGCAGCACACCUACUCCUGCCUGUUCGGCACCUUCCUGUGCAACAGCGCGAAGGAGCGUGACGAACGGCAGGUUCAGGAGAGGACCUGCUCCGUGUGGUCGCUGCUGCGGCCAACCAAUCGCGCCUUCCAGAAUAUUCUCUACUCCUCCCACUCGGAGACGGUGUUGCGGCCGGUAUGUCAUGUGCGUAACCUGAUGCUGUGGAGUGCCGUUUACCUGCCCAGCUCCUUACCCACCACGCCCUCGGAUGACUCGUGCGCCCCCUACCCCGUGCCUGGCGCCAGCCCCGAGGAUGUGCCUCUGGGCAGACUUCCAAAGACGAGGUCCUUUGACAACCUGUCCAGCGCCUGUGAAGCAGAGGGACUCCCUCCUCCGAACCGCCGCUCCAGCGACCCCAACCUGAAUGACUCAUGGCAGGAGCACCGCCGCUCUGUGGAGCUCAGCGUGGGCGUGGGCCCAGAUGGGGGCGGGGCAGAGGACCAGGAGGGCGGGGCCGAUGGACAGCAGGAAGUGGGGCAUGUGGGAGGCCGGCCCUCAGACGAGGUGGAGGUGGGUGGCUCGGCUGGGGAAGGUCUCAGUGAAAUGGAGGAGCCAGAAGCUUCCACUGCCAGUGAAAUCAGGGGGGUUGGGCUUUUGUCAGAGGAGUGCGCAGAAGAGGCGGAGCUCUCCAUUGCUGUGGGCGUGGCGGAAGGACAGAUGGAAAACAUCCUGCAGGAAGCAACGGAAGAAGAGCGAGCUGAGGAGGCACUGCAGGACAUCAGUGAUGGGAAAUGUCACUUGGAGGACUCCCUGGGACCACUGUCAGCCCUGCCUGCUGCUCCGCCUGCAGAGGGUGUGGAAGCCCUGGAGAUGCCGGUGAAUGAAGAACAAGUGGAUCUGGGCCCAUCUCCAAACCUAGAGGGACUUGAGGACCCCCGUCCCCUGACAUCCCCAAUUGAGAUGUCCAUCAGGACUAUGACAAAUGGCUAUGGUGAGCUGUCACCAGUUGGGCGGGGUGCUGUGGAGGACAGGGCCUCUCCCCAGGGGAAUUCUGUUCAGACAUUGACGGAGGAGGGUGGAAUCAGUUUGAAGGCCACCUGCGGCCUGCCCGCACCCCCGGCCGAGGCAGAGGGCCCCCCUCCCUGCACUGAAGUGGAGGCGAGCAGGGGGGUCUCGGCGGGGCAGGGUGAGCAGAGGACUCCAAACGGCCCCAGGAGGCCGUCGCUCAGUGCACUACACCGCCCCCCUGUGGAUCUUGGGCAGGGGCGACCCGUCUGCAACGGGGGGAGCCCAAACGGGGAGCCCUGGGGCUCUCAGCAGGCCAAGGCGAAUGGGGCGCGGACCCCGCUCAGCCGGCAGACGUCGGCGGCCAGCGUGGGCUCCCCGGGUGCGCACCCCUGGGGCCUGCACCAGCGCUGCCUCCACGGCACGCCCCCCGAGGCGGUGGGGCGGGGCCGGCUGGACGAGGACGGCCUGACCCUGCACAGCGACGCCGUGCAGCAGCGGCUGCGGCAGAUGGAGGCGGGGCACCAGCUGGAGGUGGACACGCUCAAGAGGCAGGUGCAGGAGCUGUGGAGCCGCCUGGAGGGCCACCACAGCGGGAACCGUGGUAAUGGGGACCGCGGCAACGUGGACCCCAGCAACAGCGUGAAGUUCCUCCCGGACUCGGAGUGUAACGGUGAUCCUCCCUGCCUGUCCCGCUGCAGUGCCGAGCUCUUCUCAGAGGCCAGCUGGGAGCAGGUGGAGCAGCAGCACACGGUAACACAGUGGUAUCCAGACAACCUGAAAGCCCAGUGUUACGGGUGUGAGAACAGGUUCUGGCUGGCAACCAGGAAACAUCACUGCAGAGGAAAGCAGCCUAUAGAAGAAGCCUGGAACUGUGGGAAUGUGUUCUGUGCCAGCUGCUGUGAUCAGAGGGUUUCUGCGCCCAGCCGCGUGUGUAAGGCCUGCCACAGCAGCAUGCGUGUGUCCGCCCUGCCCCCCGUUGACCUGGAACUGGAGAAGCCCAUCACAGCCAGCUCCAAUUAGCCCCCUCUCACCCACCCUCCAACUAGCUACCCCCACCUGGGGCAGAGUGUGGAGAGCUGGCGGAAAAAAAAAAAAAAUAAAAAAACACCCACUGCUGAGGAACUGAACUGAGUCCCCCAGAAGAGUGAGAGAAUGUUGUAUGCAGGUACGCACCUGUAUACGUGUGCGUGCAUGUGCAAGUGUAAUGUGCUGUAUAUAUCCAAUCUCACACGUGCGUGAAAGUUUAAUGUGUAAAUAUAUAUAUAUAUAUACAUACAUAUAUAUAUAUAUGAUGCCGUGUGUGUACAGAAAUAGCAGAAGGCUGCGUAUUGAAAGAAUUGAGAAGCACUUUGGGUGUGCGGUGCUGCAGGACAAACGGACAGAUGGAUGCCGGAGGCCGCAAAAGCUCAGAGAGACUUGCUUUCCUCAUGGAAUUUAUUUUUCUGUUUUCCUUCUUUCGGACUGAGCUACAGUGCACCCUUUCCCGCUGUCUUUAUUUUGCGUCUGAAUGAAAUUGGGCAGGGCAUGGCGGUGGGUGGGAGCGGGGUGUGAAUGGUAUGGAGCUCAAAAGUUGAAAGAAUAAAAGUACAACACUGCCCCAAA